CGGUUAUCUUCUCUUACUCAUCUCACACGCUGACUCUCUAUCUCUCUCUCUCAAACCCAAACAAACAGAAAAAUGGAUCAGUUCAAAGGACAGGCACGCCUCCCAAAAUUCGCCAUCCCUAAACGCUACGACAUCCGCCUCAAACCCGAAUUAACCGCCUGCACUUUCGCUGGCUCCGUCGCGAUCGAUCUCGAUAUCGUUGAAAAUACCAACUUCAUCGUCCUCAACGCUGCUGACCUCUCCAUCAACUCUGCUUCCGUCUCCUACUCCUCCUCCUCCAAGGUUUUGCAACCAGUGAAAGUUGAGUUGGUUGAAGCAGAUGAGAUAUUGGUGUUGGAAUUUGCGGAAACGCUUCCGAUUGGGAUUGGGGUUCUUGACAUUGUAUUUGAUGGUGUUUUGAAUGACAAAAUGAAAGGUUUUUACAGAAGUACUUAUGAGAUUAAUGGAGAGAAGAAGAACAUGGCCGUCACGCAGUUUGAGCCUGUUGAUGCUAGAAGAUGUUUUCCGUGUUGGGAUGAGCCUGUUUGCAAGGCUACAUUCAAGAUCACAUUGGAAGUGCCAGCUGAACUUGUGGCUCUUUCUAAUAUGCCGAUUAUCGAGGAGAAAGUGAAUGGAGAUUUGAAGACGGUUUCAUAUCAAGAAACGCCUAUCAUGUCUACUUAUUUGGUUGCAAUUGUCGUUGGCCUGUUUGAUUAUGUGGAAGAUCAUACAUCUGAUGGGGUGAAAGUUCGUGUAUAUUGUCAAGUUGGGAAAACAAAACAAGGGAACUUUGCAUUGCAUGUUGCUGUGAAGACGCUUGAGUUAUUUAAAGGGUAUUUUGCUGUGCCAUACGCCCUUCCGAAGUUGGAUAUGAUUGCAAUCCCUGAUUUUGCUGCUGGGGCAAUGGAGAAUUAUGGCUUAGUUACAUACCGUGAAACAGCCUUGCUUUAUGAUGAUCAGCAUUCUGCUGCUGCCAACAAGCAGAGGGUUGCUACUGUUGUGGCACACGAGCUAGCACACCAGUGGUUUGGCAAUCUUGUAACAAUGGAGUGGUGGACGCAUUUAUGGCUAAACGAGGGUUUUGCUACAUGGGUGAGCUAUCUAGCUACUGAUAGCUUGUUCCCAGAUUGGAAAAUAUGGACCCAGUUUCUUGAUGAAUGUACGGAGGGUCUUAAGCUGGAUGGCCUCGCAGAAUCCCACCCAAUUGAGGUGGACAUAAAUCAUGCUUCUGAGAUUGAUGAAAUUUUUGAUGCAAUAAGCUAUCGAAAGGGCGCGUCUGUUAUCCGGAUGCUACAAAGCUAUCUUGGUGCCAAGAACUUUCAGAGGUCACUUGCUUCAUACAUAAAAAAGCAUGCGUACUCAAAUGCAAAGACAGAAGACUUAUGGGCUGCUCUUGAGGAGGGAUCUGGUGAACCUGUGAACAAGCUAAUGAAUUCAUGGACGAGGCAGCAAGGAUAUCCAGUUGUAUCUGUCAAAUUCAAGGAUCAGAAAUUGGAAUUUGAACAGUCACAAUUCCUGUCAAGUGGUGCCCCUGGAGAUGGACAAUGGAUUGUCCCAAUAACUUUAUGCUGCUGUUCAUACGAUGCACACAAGAGUUUCUUAUUGCAAACAAAGUCAGAAACUCAAGAUGUCAAGGAACUCCUGGGUUCCUGCCAGGCGGGGAGUGGAAGUUCUUGGAUUAAAGUUAAUGUGGAACAGACUGGUUUCUAUAGGGUUAAGUAUGAUGAGGAGCUCAGAGCUAGACUUGGAUGUGCUAUAGAGAAGAAGAACCUCACUGAAACAGACAGAUUUGGCAUUUUGGAUGAUUCAUUUGCCCUUUGUAUGGCUCGUCAGCAAUCUUUGACCUCUUUGCUUACACUGAUGGGUGCUUACAGAGAGGAACUUGAGUACAUUGUGCUAUCUAACUUGAUUAAUAUAAGUUCUAAAGUUGGAAGGAUUGCAGCAGAUGCAACCCCUGAUCUAAAGGAUGACAUUAACCAAUUUUUUAUCAAUCUUCUCCAGUUUUCUGCAGAGAAGCUUGGUUGGGAUCCUAAGCAAGGCGAAAGCCAUUUGGAUGCAAUGUUAAGAGGAGAAGUUUUGACUGCCCUUGCUUAUUUUCGACAUGAUCUGACACUGGAUGAAGCAAGUAGGCGCUUUCAUGCAUUUUUAGAGGACAGAAAUACGCCACUCCUCCCACCUGAUAUAAGAAAGGCAGCAUAUGUGGCUGUAAUGCAGAGAGUCAGCACUUCAAACAGAUCAGAUUAUGAUUCUCUUCUACAGGUUUAUAGAGAGACUGAUCUAAGCCAGGAGAAAACACGCAUUCUGGGUUCAAUAGCAUCUUGUCCAGAUCCAAACAUAAUUCUUGAAGCUCUCAACUUUUUGUUGACAUCAGAGGUUCGUAGUCAAGAUGCUGUUUUUGGACUUGCUGUUAGCAAGGAAGGACGUGAAACAGCUUGGGCUUGGCUGAAGGAUAAAUGGGAUCACAUUACAAAUACUUGGGGUUCAGGAUUUUUAUUAACUCGCUUUGUCAGCAUGAUUGUCUCACCGUUUGCUUCAUUUGAGAAGGCCAAGGAGGUAGAGGAGUUCUUUGCAAGCCGCACGAAGCCUGCCAUUUCUAGAACCUUGAAGCAGAGCAUUGAGCGGGUGCACAUCAAUGCAAAUUGGGUUCAAAGCAUUCAGAAGGAAACAAAACUUGGCGAGGCUGUGAAAGAAUUGGCUUUCAGGAAAUACUAGGGAUGAAUUCCCCAUGCUUGCGUCGUGGCUUUAUGUUUUGAGGAAGAAAAAUAAUGGACUCUGUGUCAAAAUAAGAACUUGGUAUUGAAAAAUUAGCCUGUAAAGAGACUUGAGUAUCACAAGCGUUUAUGUUUUUUCAUCAACUACUCGAUAUAUUUGAUCAUUAGCAAUGAAGUAGUCGGCAGUGUAUCAUCAAACUUGCAAAUCACAGGUUCACAGAAAAGAAAGUGCUGUAUUUUUUUUCUGAA